AUGGCGGCGCAGCUACGCCGGCUGCCCUGCCUCUCCUCAGGGGGCCGGGAGGAGCCGGGGGCGGGGAGGAGCUGGGGGCCGGGAGGAGGCCCCGCCUCCGCCCGAAGCUUCCGUUGCGGGUACCGCACGCGCCGGGGCGCCGCCAUGAAGCCGAGAAAAAACACAAAGCGAGUUCCAAGCUUUCGCAAGUUACUGAGAACUAGUAAACUAAAACUUGACAAUAAGUUAAAGAAUAAGCAGUACAAGCAGCAGAGUGCUGCUAAGAAGUAUCGAAAAGAACAAAAGAAACUUAGGCAGGCUGUCAGAGAUGCUGUCUGUAGAAAGCCUUUUCCAUUGGAGGAAUACAAGAAAAAACAUGUUGCAGAAAAAAGGGAAGAAGAAGAGGAAGAUGAUGCGCUUCCGUUGGACAUGAUGGAUGAAGAUGACUUGAAAUUAAUGGAAGAUUUGGCUCAAAAAGCAUCCUUUUUAACCAGAGAUAUUUCUUCUACUGAACCUGUUCACGUCAAGAAACGAAAACAUGAAAGUGUAAUUGAAAAAUACGAGAAGAUGCCAAGACGCAUGAAGACAGAACCAGAAAAAGAACUUAUCCAUCUUCUCCCCAUCAAAGACAAAAGUGGCAUUAUUCCCCAAACCAUGGAAAAGCCAGUUCUCAAUGUUGAAGAAGAUGAAGAAGAAGAUGCGGAAGAAACGGACAUAGCAGAGGACUUCAGUGAAGAACCCCUGCCUGUUCUCACUCCUGAGGAAAUGGCUGCUCAAAGGAAAAUAAAGCUGCAGGAAAGGAAGAUGCACAUUGCUGCCAUAGCAUCUGCCAUUCUCUCUGACCCAGAAAACAAUAUUAAAAAGGUGAAGGAAUUGCGUGCCAUGCUGAUGGAACAGGAUCCUAACGUGGCUGUGAUUGUUCGGAAGUUGGUCAUGGUUUCUCUGAUGGAGAUAUUCAAAGAUAUUGUGCCUUCUUACAAAAUUCGGCCUCUGACUGAAGCAGAAAAGGCUACUAAGGUUAAAAAAGAAACUCAGAAACUGAGAGAAUUUGAAGAAGGCCUUGUAAGCCAGUAUAAAUUUUACUUGGAAAAUCUGGAACAAACUAUUAAAGAUUGGAAGCAAAGAAAGUUGAAGAAAAGCAAUGUCAUCUCAUUAAAAGCGUAUAAAGGUUUAGCAGAGAUUGCAGUGAAGUGUCUGUGUGAGCUGCUUGUGGCCGUACCCCACUUCAACUUCCACAAUAACAUCAUUGUUCUCAUUGUUCCACUGAUGAAUGAUACAUCAAAAACAAUUUCUGAAUUGUGCUGUGAGGCAGUUCAGAAGCUCUUCAAACAAGACAAGUUGGGCUUUGCUUCACUCGGUGUGGUUAAGGUCGUUUCUGGCCUUGUGAAGGGUAGAAAUUACAACGUCAGACCUGAAGUGUUAAAAGUUUUUCUUCACUUAAGAAUUAAGGAAGUAGAAUUAAAGAAAGAUUCUGAAGACAUUGCACCAAAGAAAAAGUUUAUGACUUACAAAGAGAAAAGAAAAAAUCUUUCAAGAAUGCAGAGAAAGUGGAAAAAAGCAGAAGAGAAGCUGGAAAGAGAACUCUUGGAAGCAGAAGCUUCAGAAAGUAAAGAAAAGAAACUGAAGCUGCACACAGAAACCUUGAACGUUGUAUUUCUAACAUACUUCAGAAUCUUGAAGAAAGCUCAGAAGUCUCCACUUUUGCCAGCUGUGCUAGAAGGUCUUGCAAAGUUUGCCCACCUCUUAAAUGUGGAGUUUUUUGAUGACCUGUUGAUUGUUCUUCAUUCUCUCAUUGCAUCUGGGGACUUAAGCUAUCGGGAGAGUCUUCAUUGCAUUCUCAGUGCUUUUCAUAUACUCUCUGGUCAAGGUGAUGUUCUUAAUAUUGAUCCAAUGAAAUUCUAUACACAUCUUUACAAGACGCUGUUCAGCCUACAUGCAGGCGCUACCAACGAUGACAUAAAGAUUGUGCUCCAGUGCCUGGACGUCAUGCUUGCAAAGCGGAGAAAGCAAGUUUCCCAGCAGCGAGCUCUCGCUUUCCUCAAGCGACUUUCCACACUUGCUCUUCAUGUACUUCCAAACUCCAGUGUUGGGAUCUUGGCAACAAACAGGGUAUUAAUGCAAACAUUCCCAAAGAUGGACCUCUUACUAGACAAUGAAUCUCAAGGCAGUGGAGUUUAUCUCCCAGAACUAGAUGAACCAGAGCAUUGCAACGCCCAGAACACAGCUCUGUGGGAGCUGCAUUUACUACAGAGACACUAUCAUCCAACAGUGCAGAAAUUUGCAGCUCACCUUGCUGUUGGAGCUCCAGAUGAAGGCUCAAGAGCUCUUUCGCUUGAUUUGAGCCGAAGGCCAGCUACAGAACUUUUUGAGGCGUACAGUAUGAAAGGAAUGACCUUCAAUCCUCCUGUUCCAUCAGUAACACCCAGAAGAAAGGAUACGUUCUCAAAAAAGGAAUCGUGUCUAAGUGAAGAGCUUCAACAACACAUCAGCAAGACUGUUACUCACAAAAAUUUGGAUUUUGCUAAACACUUAAAGGAAUCAUCAUUGUCAUAAAUGGAUCUAUCAAUCAUGUUCAGUUGGCUUCUUAAUUAUGGAGAAAGAUUGGUUGAAAGAAAUUUCCACUCAUCUUUAAACGAUUUUAAGUAGGCUUUUGAGUAUACAAGAAAACAAAAAAAAAACAGUGGCAGUUUUUGCAGUUACGAGGCCGUUCCAGGUUACCAUCUAGCCUGUUCUCAGGGCUUGAGAACCGCAAUGAACAGUCACAUCAGUAAUUAAAAAAA